AUCAUUUCGCAUCUGUCCGGUGCUCGUGGGUUUCAUGUGCCGGCAUUUCCCUGCUAUCGCGUUUCGUCUACACGAGCACCGACAACGUAUUAUAUUGUACUAAAAAAAAAAAACCAAUCGUACAUUUUCGAUUUUAUACUAUUUUUUUUUUUUUUAAAAAAUUAAUUCGUUAUUAUUCCGAUCUGUCGCACGUAAUGCCGCUGUGGAAAACCGCCAAGACAUGAAGCGAGAUCGACUUUUGUCCGUUGAAAACGUUGUUGACUUUCGAUUCAAACGGACAUUCUAUAGGCGCUGUUGAAUUAAAAAUUUAAUACAAUCACUCGGAAUGAACUUUCUUCUUUACCUGUUCGCAAUGUUUAUAUUGGAAUGCUUUGGAGUGAAGGACCUGGAAAUCCACGUGCCAGUUGCUGUGAGAUCCGGAUCGACGUUGCGCAUGAACUGCACCUACGAUUUGGAAAAACAGGCGCUGUAUUCGAUAAAAUGGUAUCUCAGAGACCAGGAGUUCUAUCGGUACGUGCCCAAAGAAUCGCCACCCACCAGGGUUUUCCCGACAUUCGGCAUUAUGGUAAACGUUCAAGAAUCCGACGCCAACAGGGUGACCAUAGUGAAUGUCCGAAGGGAUUUGACCGGUUACUACAAGUGCGAGGUGUCCGCAGACGCUCCUUUGUUUCACACAGAUAUAAAGACUAAACUCACAUACGUCACAGACGAACCAUCGUCGCCUCCAAAGCUACAAACAAAAAAUAUGAAGUACUCGACGGGUGACCGAAUCAAUGUCAACUGUGUAACGACAGAAAGCUAUCCAGCCGUCAACGUGACAUGGUUUCUAAAUAAUAAAACGGCAAAUUCCAUGCGAUCGGUGCACGUUAAGACUGUCGUCGAAAAGCUUCCAGCCAACCUGGUCGUCACGAAAUCAUCUCUACACACUGUAGCUGACCCUUUGGUGUUUACGACGGGCCGAAUAAAAAUCACAUGUCAAACCACUCAGUUUCAUUUGUACAAAGCCUGGUCCGACAUCGAACUGGUGGACAAUGCACCUCCAAAAUUAGCACAAGUCAUUGGCCCGAGUCUGUCGCCGCAUUCCAAAAGUGCCGUUUCGAGAUUGCAGAGUUUUAUCAUUUGGAAUUUGGUUCUAGUCUACAUUAGUGUGAAUACGGUUGAUAUGUGAACGUUUGUAAUAGUCGAUAGUAGCGGAAAAUGCAACAGUAAAUAAAAUGCUUUUGUUGUAAGUAAGGGAAAGACGGGAGACCAAAGAGAAAAGCGCCAAUGUAUAAAUAGUGAAUUACCUACCUAAGCAACCCUUUGUUCAUUUUAGAUGAGGCAAAAAAUCAAAAUGUAUAUGCAACAAUAUAAUUAUUAUUUAUCUAGAUAAUGUUUAUAAAAAACAUAGUUAAAUUGUUUAUAACAAAAUGCAUGUUUUUAAUGAAAAAAAAAAAAAUGUUUGAAUAAAAAAAUAUA